AUGGCCAGAGACAGCUAUCGGGGAGGUGAGUGUGAAAAAAAUAUCACCCACCGACAUGUCGGUCUCGUGCUUUGUGUGGCGGUUCAAAAGGCUUCCUUGGCGACAAGGUCCCACGUGCAUACAAUCAAGUUAUUAACCGUGCCCCGCAGUACAGCGGAAAAGCCUGUAGCAUCGUCCCAGCGACCUCCGCCUUGUUCCGAAAUCAUGUCCAACAGCUUGGCUUCUGCACGCAUGGCCAGCGCGGGGCAGGCCAUGCCGCUCGAGGCUGCCCGGAAUCGAAGUACGGCCAUGAUGCACAAGUUGCAUGUCCUGGAGGACAAGUACGUGAAAGAUUGGUCGCAGAGGAUCGAUCUCGAGGUUGGCUCGAAAUAUUCGGUGAUGAUCACGGGACAUGCAAGCAAGCAUGUGGCUUUGCAGGUGAGAUCGAAAGGCGACAUGGGCCAGCACAUCGUGCAGGACGCUUGCAAGCAGAUGCCUGCGGCCGUCUUGAGGCUGACUGAGCAUCCCUCUCAACAGGCGCAGCAUCAAUGGGAGAAGAGCCGAGAGUCGCCGCCACAGAUGCGCAGCCAUGCUAAAAAUGUGACUCUUUGA